UAGUAUAACCUCAAAUUUAACUGUCUUUUUAGUCAAUUUUUAAAAACAACUUACCCUAAUAUUUUUCACUAUAAAUAUACCCUUUUUGUUCUCAACUUCAGCAACUCACAAAAACCUUUUUUCUUAAAAAUACAGAGAAAAAACAGAGAGAAAUAAGAAAACAGAGAGAAACAGAGGAAAAACAGAGGAAUUUACAGAUAAAAAACAGGGGGAAAACAGGGGAUUGUUAUCAAUUGAUGGCAAUUCGAUUUACACCAAAGCUUUUUCAGAGAUUUAGCCAAAUCACAAAGCCUUUGAAUUCAUCUCCUUCUACCUUACCAGUUUUACCCUUCAAUUUCGAUGAAAAACCUGAAUCAUUCGUUGUGAAAAAACCCGAAACCGGAACCGAAACCGAAACCAGUACCAAAACCAAAACAGAGUCCUCAAUUCUGAAUUUUGAGAAUACCCAAGAGUUGUUUUCAACUUUUUCAACCACAAAAUUGAUAAGAUCAGUGUUUAAUCUUAACAUGGCGUCAAUUGAUCCUGUUGUUGAUAUGGGUAUUUGGGUUAUGAGAUCAAAAUUGCUUGAUGUUCCUGGAUUUCGUCAGGCAAUUUUAGGGUCUGUUAAACAUAGUUUUUAUGAGCAAUUUGUUGCUGGAAAAGAUUUGAAGGAAACUAGUGAGACGGUCCAAAAAUUAUAUGGUGAUGGAUUAAGAGGGAUGUUAAACUAUGGAUUAGAGCAUGCUUAUGAUAAUGAUUCAUGUGAUCAGAAUUACAAGACUUUUCUCAAUACUAUUGAAUCAACCAAGUUAUUCCCUCCAUCUUCGGUAAGCUUUGUGAUAGUGAAGAUAAGUGCAAUUUGUCGUAUGGACUUGUUGCUGAAAAUUAGCAAUUGGCUUAGAUGGGAGAAACAAAACCCUUCAUUUAAACUCCCUUGGAAACAAAACACGUUACCAAUUUUAUCCGAUAUAAGCCCUUUAUACCAUACCCUCGACAAACCCGACCCGCUAACCCGACAAGAAGAACAAGACCUUGAAUUAGCCCACGAACGAUUAUCUAAACUUUGUCAAAGAUGUUUAGAGCUUAAUGUACCAUUAACCGUUGAUGCCGAGGACACAAAAAUUCAACCCGGGAUCGAUUACUUGACGUAUAACUCGGCGAUUGAGUACAACAAAUUGGGUGACACCCCAAUUGUGUACGGUACACUUCAAGCGUACUUAAAAGAUGCAAAAGAAAGAAUGUUAAUAGCAACCGAAGCUGCUGAGAAAAUGGGUUUACCAAUUGGGUUUAAAAUUGUACGAGGUGCGUACAUGUCUAGUGAAAGCAAGUUGGCUGCUUCACUAGGGUUUGAGUCUCCUAUUCAUAACACUAUUCAAGAUACCCAUGAUUGUUACAAUGAUUGUGCAUCUUUUAUGCUCGAUAAAAUCGUUAGUGGGUCAGGUGCGGCAGUCCUUGCCACCCAUAAUGUCGAAUCAGGGAAAUUGGCUGCCACGAAAGCCAGGGAAUUGGGGAUAGGAAAGGAGAAUGAAAGGCUACAAUUUGCUCAAUUAUAUGGAAUGUCGGAGGCACUUUCAUAUGGGCUGAAAAAUGCUGGUUUUCAAGUGAGCAAAUACUUAACAUUUGGGCCAGUUGAAGAGGUCAUUCCUUACCUUUUAAGAAGGGCUGAAGAAAAUAGAGGGAUGUUGUCCUCUUCUAACCUUGAUAGGCAACUCAUGGGGAUGGAAUUGAAGAGAAGAAUGAAAGGUUGUGUUGGACUGUGAGAGACUAAAGGGUAAAUUUGCUGCUGCUUGGAUGUACAUAAAUAAAUUAGAACUUUCUAUUAAAGAAAGUAACACGUUUUGUUGGUUGUAAUUAAAUUCAUUUCUCAAGAAUUGUAAAUGUUGAUUUACUUCUGGUGAUAAUGAUACUUUUCAAGUGGAUUUAUUUAUAAUCUAAAUAAUGUUCCUUGAAGUGUAA